GACUACACCAGCCAAUGAGGAAGUAGUUUAUCACUGAGGCCAAGUUCGGGAGAGACAGGAGGGGGCGUCGGGGUCCGGGGACAUGAGGCGGUGACACGGUAUGUGCAGGCCGACCGGCCGGGGGUCACAUCGGACACCAUGAAUAUUGACGUGGAGUUCCACAUCCGACACAACUACCCCUGGGCCAAACUACCGGCCAACGUCAGACAGAGCUUGGGAAACUCACAGAAGGACUAUGAGAAGCACGUCAUCCUGUACAGUAUUCGGAACCAGCUGAGGUACCGCAGUAAUCUAGUAAAACAUGUGAAGAAAGAUGAACGGAAAUACUACGAGGAACUCCUGAAAUACAGCCGGGAGCAUUUGAUGCUCUAUCCAUACCAUCUGUCUGACAUCAUGGUGAAGGGCCUCCGGAUAACACCCUUCUCCUACUAUAUAGGAAUAAUGGAGGACAUUAUGAACAGUGAAAAAAGUUAUGAUUCCUUGCCAAACUUUACCGCCGCAGAUUGUCUUAGGCUUCUCGGUAUUGGAAGGAACCAGUACAUAGACCUGAUGAACCAAUGUAGAUCAUCAAAGAAAUUCUUUAGGAGGAAAACCGCUCGUGACUUGCUGCCAGUGAAGCCUGUGGAGAUAACCAUAGAUCCAUGGUGGGUGGUGCAGUCUGGAUAUAUCACUGAGGAUGACAUCAAGGUCUGUAGCACACCAGAGAAAAGAGCUAUUGAUAAGAUCAUUGACUCUGGGCCUCAGCUGGCUGGUUCUCUGGAGUAUAACGUUGUUCAUAGCCUUUAUAAUAAAGGAUUCAUAUAUCUUGAUGUACCAAUCUCGGAUGACAGUUGUAUAGCUGUGCCUCCCCUUGAAGGGUUUGUGAUGAACCGGCUGCAAGGAGACUAUUUUGAAACUCUUCUUUAUAAGAUAUUUGUGUCUAUUGAUGAACAUACUAAUGUGGCAGAGCUUGCAAAUGUCCUGGAGAUUGACCUGUCUCUUGUAAAGAACGCCGUCUCCAUGUAUUGCCGGUUGGGGUUCGCCCUUAAAAAGGGGCAAGUGAUAAAUGUGGAUCUGCUGCACCCAUCCUGGAGGAUUUUCCCAUCUGUAAAUAGACUGAAAAGCACUUUAGACCCUCAGAAGAUGCUUUUGUCCUGGGAUAGUACAGAGAGUAAAAGUCCUGUACAAGAUCUGGCAUCUUCAGCCACAGAUACGGAUACCGCCAGCCAGGAGGACCAAGCGGACACAUGCAGUGUGAGCAGCCUGAACCUCACCACCGGACACACCAAACGUAUCGCCUUCCUAUUCGAUUCCACGCUCACUGCCUUCCUGAUGAUGGGAAAUCUGUCACCAAACCUGAAGAGCCAUGCGGUGACCAUGUUUGAAGUGGGCAAAUUAUCAGACGAGUCUUUGGACAGUUUCUUAGUAGAACUGGAAAAGGUACAAAGCACAGGGGAAGGAGAGGCUCAGAGGUACUUUGAUCAUGCGCUCACCCUCCGGAACACCAUCCUCUUCCUGCGGAACAACAAGGAGCUUCUUGCACAACCUGACCAAGCUGCUGCAGGCCUACAACUGGACCUCUUGCGAUGUGAAAGCCUUUUGGGUCUGGACCCAGCAACCUGCAGCCGAGUAUUAAAUAAGAACUAUUCUCUGUUGGUGUCUAUGGCACCUCUCACCAACGAGAUACGGCCCAUCAGCAGCUGCACUCCACAGCACAUCGGUCCAGCCAUCCCAGAAGUGAGUUCCAUAUGGUUCAAACUCUACAUUUACCACAUUUCUGGAUAUGGACCUCCAUCUCUCUUGCUGUCAAAGGGAACCAGACUCCGGAAAUUGCCUGAUGCUUUCCUAGCCUAUGAUCGGUUAUUGAUUACAUCAUGGGGGCAUGAUCCAGGAGUCGUUCCAACAUCCAAUGUACUGGUUAUGCUGAACGAUGCCUUGACUCAUUCCGCUGUCCUUAUUCAGGGUCAUGGCAUACAUGGGAUGGGAGAGACUACACAGGUUACUUUUCCAUUUGAUGAAGCAGAACUACAAGGAGACUUCUCCAGCCUCAAUAUGGGAGCCCAUAAAGCCUUAAAGGUCUUGAGGGAAAGGAUAGACCUGGAGCACUUCUGUGGAUACAUUACCAUGCUGAACCCCAAGAGCCCACAUGUCAUCCAGAGGAGACUGAGCGAUGCGUCUGAUGGCAAAGAUGAAUCUGGCCUGGUGCUGGGCCCUGAUGUAAAUGGUAGCACAGAAUCAUUCGAGCUUGUUGUAGAAGAAGCAGCUGCAGACCUGGGACAGAAGGCCAUCGAUGUACCAGCUGUGGAGUCAGACUGGGUCCCGCUGGAACUGUGUUAUGGAAUCCCUCUGUUCGGCUCCAGACUCAAUCAAACCGUGUGCAAGAAGAUUGCUGGUCACGGCCUGUGCAGCAAAGACAGCCUUCAGCAUCUCCUCCAUUCCAGCCGAAAACUGGCUUUGAAAGUCCUCAGCUUUGUGCAAUCGCUGCAGGAGAUCGGAUCUGCCAUGGAGUAUCCCUCAGAGACUGGAACAUCAAGCCUGAUGGGACAACCAGGCAUGACCGAGGCUGGAGUACCACUGCCUUCCAAGAACUUAAUCUUUCAAGAUGGCAUCCUCUCUGAGUGGAAUGGGCGAGCCCGGGUCUCCAAUCACCACGUACACAUGCCAAACAUGCAGGCCUGACGGCGAUCAAGAACUCAAGCCAUCUUGUCAAACCUUUGCCCUGUUGGUGUUUGUAUUUAUGGCUGCUGUGUAGGUUAUGUCUUUAGCAGCAUGACUCUAGAGUCGGUGGCUGGUCACUCUUUGUCCCGUGGCACGUCCCACAAUUCUUCUACAUUCCUAGGAUGCUUUUUGUAGAAUUGGAAUCGUUUCUAGGCCCAGUAAGAGUGCAUAAAGUUAUGACUAAACGUCUUACAAGAACCACUUGUGAAUGCCACUUAUCCAAGGACCAAACUUUUAUCUUUUUUUUUGUUGUUGUUAUUUUUGUUCAUAACGCCUGCUGGGCCUUGUAGUUCUACCAGAGUCACCGAGUACCUAAGUUUAUCGUAAACUAAGAUUUUGUUAAAAAUGCAAAUUUAUGGUUAUUUAUUAAAAACCCUUUCAACAAAAGUUUAUCUGUUCAAGCCAAUCAAAAGCAUUGAUCUCGAUUCUCGAUAAUAAGAUUUUUAACAUUUGAAGGAAAUUGACGGUAUAUGUUAAUUAUAUUUUGUAAAUUUAUUACAAUGAUUGUGAAGUAUUCUCCUCAACAUGGUUACAUGUACAUUUUAGUCACUUUCCAAUUAAUGGAUGUUCUCAAUGAAAAAAAGAAAAUACACAAGAGGCAUGUGCUUUUUGUCCAAUAAUACUGUAAAUCUGAAAGGAAAACCGUUGAAUAGUUUAUUAAAUUUCCCCUGUACAAAGUAAAAA